CAAAACUCCAAUCGAGAGAGAUGGAAAUGUUGGAAAAAACAGGAGAGGAGAUGGCCAUGGAGAUCGACGACCAGGGUAGCAUCUCGAGAUCAUCCAAGAUCGUCGAUCUCCUCCGUAGAUUUCUCAGUAUUCAGCAGCGAAGAGCAGAAGCUUACUCAAAGCUACGGAGUGGGUUUGCCGAAUACAUGUUGAGCGGUGGAGAUUUGGCGUACCAACAACUCUGCAGUGAGAUCACAAUAGAGUUCAACGAUUGCUUGAAACCAGUUCUUGAAAUGGAAUCGAUGCUUUUGAACCCAGAUUUCUGUCGAGAUGACCUUGCCACUCUGCUGAAGGUAGUUCAAGCACAGGAAAAGCAGAAAUUGCGUCUGACGGCCACAAUUCAGAUCUUGAAGAAGGCAGGCCACCCCUCCAAGCGGCUGGUGAGCCACGGACACUGCAGGUUCAGGAAGCCAGCAGAGAACAAGUGUGUACAUGUGCACGAGUUAACUGAAGCUAUGGGGACGGGU